CACAGAGUGGAGAGCAGGUCUGCAGUCUGAAUCUUGGAGUCGCGAAGACCCGAGACGAAGCUUCGUGGCUGCUCGCUGCGUUAGAUGCUGGGAUUACCACAGACAGACCUGCCGCAUCAUCCGAUCACUGACUGUACACGCUCCGAGGCUGGGGUCGAAAACUUCCCCAAACGGCCGAGGAAAGAGAUCCUAUUUCGGAUCCUUGGAUACCAUCUCUUGACGGGUGCUUUAUGAAUCUCUGUCUAAUGGCGAGCUGAAACGUGGAUUUAUUGGAAGUAAAAUCGACCAAAAACAUAGGAACAAAACAAACUGAGGGAGAAAUCUGUUGGAUUUGGAACAUCUGUUACGUUUGUGGAAAGGAGAAGAGAUUCUCGUCAUUUUAUUUAUUAAUUUUUGGGUGGUGGGUAAUUCACUGGCCAAUUGUCUCCCCCCCCCCCCCACGGUUUGUCUUUUAGGUGUGAAGUCUAUCUUAUCAGAGAGAGACUCUGAACCCCUUUGGUCCUCCGCAUGACAUGGUUCAGCCCAGCUGUGAGAUCCGAGCCUCCUCCAUGCAUUGGGAUUUUUCUCAGCUCCGACACCGAGUGAAUCUCCCUUUUCUGAGCAUCUGAGAACUCAUCGUGCCUGGCAGGAAAAAAAAAAAAAAGAAAGCCCCUGCCAUGACCACCACUUCAAAUCGGCACGGAGCACCGGGACUUGUAAGGAGAGCGGAAUCCGUAAGGAGAAGGGGAGAUGAUGGCAUUGGGAUUUUAGCUCUAAUGAAAGCAGGAAAUCAGGCGCGCUGUUAUUGGACCCAGGUGCUGCUCUUCUACAUGGGAUUGCUGAUGCUGGUCGCCACAGUUGAGGCUCAGAACUGCAGUUAUACUCUUCACAGUCCCAAUGGGACAAUAGAGAGUCCUGGAUACCCUUAUGGUUAUCCAAAUUAUGCCAACUGUACAUGGGUCAUUGUGGGAGCCGAUCAUAACCGGAUACAGCUGGUGUUUCAAGGCUUUGCCCUGGAGGAGGAUUUUGAUAUCCUAUCUGUGUACGAUGGGCCACCUAGCCCCGGGAACCUGCGGACAAGGUUAACUGGGUUCCAGCUGCCUUCACCCAUUGUUAGUACAGGCUCCAGACUCACCUUGUGGCUGCUGUCUGAUUAUGCUGUCAGCGGGCAGGGAUUUAAAGCAGUUUAUGAAGCUCUGCCCAGUUACACUUGUGGUAAUCCUGGCCAGCUACUGAAUGGCUAUCAACAGGGGUCCACCUUCAAUAUAGGGGAUAAAAUCCGCUACAGCUGUAGCCCUGGCUAUGUGCUGGAGGGUCACACCACACUCUCCUGCCUGGCCACUUCAACUGGGACCGCUGCCUGGGAUUUCCCCCUUCCCUACUGCAGAGCUGAUGAUGGAUGUGGAGGGACACUGCGGGGCCAGAGUGGGGUGAUCACCACCCCCAAUUACCCAGCUGAGUAUAACAACAAUGCUGACUGCACCUGGACUGUACUUGCUGAACCUGGAGAUACCAUAGCCUUGGUUUUCUCUGACUUUCAGUUGGAGGAUGACUAUGACCUGCUGGAGGUCAGCGGUACUGAUGGACCUUCACAGUGGUUUACUGGUCCCAACCUCCCCUCGCCUAUCAUUAGCAGCAAGAACUGGCUUCGACUUCACUUUACAUCAGAUGGCAACCAUAGGUUGAGAGGGUUCAGUGCCCAGUACCAGGUGAAGAAGAUGACUGAACUCAAAUCCCGAGGUGUAAAGAUGCUGCCAAGCAAAGAUAACCACCAUAAGAUAUCAGUGUUGUCUCAAAUGGGUGUAGCGCAAGGACACAACAUGUGCCCAGAUCCUGGGAUUCCAGAUCGUGGGAAAAGAAAAGGCUCUGACUUCAGGCGAGGAGCUACAGUGCAUUUUUCCUGCGAUGAGGGUUAUGAACUGCAGGGUUCAAAGAGCAUCAGCUGCCUCAGAGUGACAGACAGCUAUGUGGGCUGGAGUGAUGACCGGCCUAUCUGCAGAGCACCAAUGUGUGGCGGUCACUUAAAAGGGCCCAGUGGUGUCAUCACAUCUCCUAAUUAUCCCGUUCAGUAUGACAACAAUGCUAACUGCACUUGGAUCAUCACAGCAACAGACACAUCUAAGGUGAUCAAGCUGACAUUUGAGGAUUUUGACCUGGAGAGAGGGUACGACACCUUGACGGUGGGUGAUGGUGAGCUUGUGGGGGACCAGAAGACCAUUUUCCACGUCCUUUCUGGUACGACAACGCCAGACCUUGUGGUGAGCACUAGUCACCAGAUGUGGCUAAACUUCAAAACAGAUGAUACCAGUGGCUCCCUUGGAUUUAAAGUCACCUAUGAGGAGAUCGACCAAGGCAGUUGUGGAGAUCCUGGAAUCCCAGCCUAUGGCAAACGGGAAGGAACUGGCUUUCGCCAUGGGGACAAGCUGUACUUUGAGUGUCUGCCUGCCUUUGAACUUGUGGGAAAGAAGAACAUCACCUGUCAGAAGAACAACCAAUGGUCCGCUAAGAAACCCAGCUGUGUUUUUUCCUGCUUCUUCAACUUUACUACUCCAUCUGGGGUGCUGCUGUCUCCCAACUACCCUCAGGAAUAUGGGAACAACAUGCACUGUGUGUGGCUCAUCAUCACCAACCCUGAGAGCAGAAUCAACUUGGCCUUCAAUGACCUUAGCAUGGAGAAACAGUUUGACUUCCUUUCAAUUAAAGACGGCGGAAAGGCUGAAUCUCCAAUUCUGGGAACCUUCUCUGGAGAUGCCCUGCCUCCUCCCUUAACAACAAGCGGUCAUGUGACCCGACUUGAAUUCCUGACGGACCAUACUUACACAGACAGAGGCUUUAACAUCACUUUUACUACGUUUCGCCACAACGAAUGCCCAGAUCCAGGGGUGCCAGUUAAUGGAAAGCGUUUUGGCGAGAGCCUCCAGCUUGGCAGCUCCAUAUCAUUCCUUUGUGAAGAGGGCUUUGUUAAGACCCAUGGCUCUCAGACUAUAUCCUGCAUCCUUAAGGAUGGCAACGUCGUAUGGGACAAUGCUGUUCCUCGUUGUGAAGCCCCAUGUGGAGGAGAUCUGAAGGCUCCCAGUGGGAUCAUUCUCUCCCCUGGCUGGCCCGAACUGUACAAGGAGGCCCUUAACUGUGAAUGGGUCAUUGAGGCUCCUCCAGGCUAUCCCAUCAAGAUCAUCUUCGACAAGUUUCGUACUGAGGUCAACUAUGAUGUUCUUGAAGUGCGGGAUGGGCGGUUUCCCUCCUCACCUCUGAUUGGAAGUUACCAGGGCACCCAGGUUCCACAGUUUCUCAUCAGCACAUCAAAUUUCCUGUACCUCCUCUUUACCACUGACAAGAGCCACUCUGACAUCGGCUUCCGUAUACGUUACGAGACCCUGCAGUUACAGUCGGACCACUGUGUGGAUCCUGGCAUACCUGUAAACGGGCAGCGACAUGGCAAUGACUUCUACGUGGGCGCUUUGGUGACAUUUAGCUGUGACGCUGGGUAUACACUAAGUGAUGCUGAGCCUUUAGAGUGUGAACCGAAUUUCCAGUGGAGUCGCCCCCUGCCUGGCUGUGAUGCUUUGUGUGGUGGUUAUAUCCAGCGCAACACUGGAACCAUCCUCUCUCCUGGCUUUCCUGAUUUCUACCCACACAACUUGAACUGCACAUGGACAAUCGAGACCUCCCACGGAAAAGGUGUUCAGUUCACCUUCCACACCUUCCACCUUGAGAGUCCUCAUGACCAUUUGCUGGUGACGGAGAAUGGCAGUUUCUCUCAGGCCCUCUGGAGACUGACGGGCUCCACUUUGCCUCCUCCUUUAAGCGCAGGCCUGUUUGGGAACUACACAGCGCAGAUCCGCUUUCUCUCUGACUUUUCUGUUUCAUAUGAGGGAUUUAACAUCACUUUCUCAGAAUAUGAUUUAGAGCCCUGUGAGGAUCCUGGAAUCCCUCCAUACAGCACCAGAAAAGGUCUCCAGUAUGGAGUCGGCGAUGCCCUCAUCUUUUCCUGUUUCCCCGGUUACCGACUAGAGGGUCCAGCGAGGGUGGUGUGCUUAGGGGGCAGAAGGCGGGUGUGGAGCUCCCCUCUGCCAAGGUGUGUUGCUGAAUGCGGCUCUUCCGUGACUGGCAUGCAAGGAGUGCUCCUCUCACCCAACUACCCUGGUUACUACGGCAACAACCACGAAUGCAUCUACUCUAUCCAGACACAGUCUGGCAAAGGUCUUCAGUUGAGAGCACGGGACUUUCGACUGGAGGAUGAUGAUGUUCUCAAAGUUUUUGAUGGCAGCAGUAACAAGGCUCGUCUCCUGGGGGUGUUUACAGGAAACGAGCUACUAGAUGUAACCUUGAACUCCACUUCCAGCUCCAUGUGGCUGGAAUUCAUCAGCGAUUCUGAGAACACCAGUAAAGGCUUUGAACUGCACUUCACUAGUUUUGAGCUGGUUAAAUGUGAGGAUCCAGGUGUUCCGCAGUUUGGCUAUAAGCGAGAAGACAAAGGUCAUUUUGCAGGGAGCACCGUGUCCUACAGCUGUGACCCAGGCUACACCAUAAAAGGUCCUGAGGUGCUCACCUGCCUCAGGGGGGAGAGGAGAGCCUGGGACAGCCCACUUCCACUCUGUGUUGCGGAAUGUGGGGGCACAAUUAAGGAGGAGCCUGCUGGUCGUAUUCUGUCUCCAGGAUACCCAGCUCCAUAUGAGCACAACCUGCACUGUGUUUGGACCAUUGAAGCCGCUCCAGGAAGCACAAUCAGUCUGCAUUUCCUGGUUUUCCACACGGAGGAGGUCCACGAUGUGCUUCGGAUCUGGGAUGGUCCACAGGAUGGAGGAGUCCUGCUGAGGGAACUGAGUGGCUCGGCGCUGCCCCCGGAUGCUCACAGCACCUUUAAUACAAUCACUCUGCAGUUCACCACAGACUUUUUUACCAGCAAGCAAGGCUUUGCUUUGCAGUUUUCUGUGUCUACUGCAACCUCCUGCAAUGACCCGGGCAUGCCGACUAACGGUACCCGCGGCGGCGACAGCAGGGAGCCUGGGGACCAUGUGGUGUUCCAGUGUGAUCCUGGCUACAUCUUACAGGGGGUCAACAGAAUCACAUGCACAGAGAUCAAUGGUCGCUUCUUUUGGCAACCAGACCCCCCAACAUGCACAGCUCCAUGUGGUGGGAACCUAACGGGUCCAAGUGGGCUGAUUCUGUCUCCAGACUACCCUGAACCUUACCCACAUGGAAGAGAGUGUGACUGGAGAGUUACUGUCACACAGGACUAUGUCAUUUCGCUCAGCUUUAACCAUUUCAGCCUGGAGCCCAGUUAUGACUUCUUGCAUAUCUAUGAUGGGCCAGACUCCCUGAGUCCCUUGUUGGGUAGUUUCUAUGGCACCGAUGUUCCAGAUCGCAUUGAGAGCAGCUCCAAUACGCUCUUCAUGGCAUUCCGCAGCGACGCUUCCCUCAGCAGUAACGGAUUUGUGCUGCAGUAUACAGAAAAUCCCAGGGAAUCUUGCUUCGAACCUGGCCUUGUGCGUAAUGGGACGCGGGUGGGCACCGAUCUCAAGCUGGGCUUCACUGUCACCUACCAUUGCGAAAGUGGCUACACUCUAGAGGGAGACCCAACACUCACUUGCAUCAUGGGGGGAGAUGGCAAACCGAGCUGGAACAAACCCAAACCCAUCUGCAUAGCACCAUGUGGUGGACAGUAUUCUGGAUUAGAGGGAGUAGUCUUGUCUCCUGGUUACCCUGGCAACUAUACCAGUUCUCGAACCUGUUUGUACUCUGUAGCCGUGCCCAAGGAUUAUGUGGUCUUCAGCCAGUUUGUCUUCUUCCAAACUGCUUUGAAUGACAUAGUGGAGGUUUAUGAUGGACCAACACAACAUUCCCGUGUUUUGAGCUCUUUGUCUGGAGCACACACAGGUGAGUCGUUGCCAUUAGCGACCUCCAAUCAAAUCCUGAUUCACUUUACAGCCAAAGGCCAAUCCAACUCCAGAGGAUUUCAUCUGGUCUACCAGGCUGUGCCAAGGACCAGUGCCACCCAGUGCAGUUCAGUGCCUGAGCCACGAAAUGGCCGGCGCAUGGGCAACAACUUUGCUGUCGGUAAAGUGGUCCGCUUUGAGUGCAGCCCAGGUUAUGUGCUAGAGGGAUCGAGUGCCAUUGAAUGUUUAACGGUCCCCAAUGCCUUGGCGCAAUGGAACAGCUCCAUACCCAGCUGCAUUGUUCCGUGUGGAGGAAAUCUGACCCAUCGAACUGGCACCAUCUUAUCACCGGGCUACCCUGAACCUUACCUUAACAGCCUCAACUGUGUGUGGAAGAUUAAUGUUCCUGAAGGAUCAGGGAUCCAGAUCCAAGUAAUCAGCUUUGUCACUGAGCAAAAUUGGGAUUCACUGGAGGUCUUUGAUGGAGGUGACAACACUGACACACUGCUUGGCAGCUUCUCAGGUACAACGGUUCCAGCCCUUCUAAACAGCACCUCGAACCAACUCUACCUUCACUUCUUCUCAGAUAUUAGUGUGUCUGCUGCUGGAUUCAGGCUGGAAUACAAAACGGUGUCUUUGACCAACUGCCCAGAACCUGUAGUUCCUAUGAAUGGUAUUAAGAUUGGGGAGCGUCUUCAGAUGAAUAACGUGGUGUCUUUUCACUGUGAACCUGGCUAUACUCUACAGGGGAAUUCUCACAUCACCUGUAUGCCUGGAACCGUCAGACGAUGGAACUAUCCACCUCCCCUCUGCAUUGCACAAUGUGGUGGAAUCCGGGAGGAGAUGGAGGGAAUGAUUCUCAGUCCUGGUUUCCCUGGAAACUACCCUAGCAACAGUGACUGCACCUGGAGAAUAUACCUGCCAGUCAGUUAUGGAGCCCACAUACAGUUCCUGAACUUCUCAACAGAGGCCAACCACGAUUUCCUAGAAAUACGCAAUGGGCCCCUUGAUACCAGUGCUGUUAUUGGUCGAUUCAGUGGCCAGGAUAUUCCAUCAUCUCUUCUCACUACCUCCCACGAGACCACAGUUUAUUUCCACAGUGACCACUCGCAGAACAAACCAGGUUUCAGGUUUGAGUACCAAGCAUAUGAGCUACAGGAAUGCCCAGAUCCAGAGCCUUUCCAUUAUGGUGUGGUGGUUGGUGCAGGCUUUAAUGUGGGCCAAUCCAUUUCUUUUGAGUGUCUGCCUGGAUAUCUACUGAUGGGACACUCCAUCCUCACCUGUGAGCAUGGCACCACCCGCAACUGGGACCACCCAUUUCCUCGCUGCGAAGUGCCUUGUGGUGGCAACAUCACAUUAGACAACGGGACCAUCUUCUCCCCCGGAUACCCAGAGGAGUACCCAAACUCAGCUGACUGUACCUGGCUCAUUUCAGUGGCUCCUGGCUUUGGAAUUAAACUUAAUUUUACCUUGCUUCAGGUUCAUGGGCCACAUGACUUCAUAACUGUCUGGGAUGGUCCACAGGAGACUACUAGAAAACUAGGUGUCUUCACUGACGGAGAGCCUAAUGACCCACCCUGUAGCACAUCCAAUCAGGUGCUAAUACGGUUCCGCAGUAACACAGAGAAAGGCGGAUUAUUCCGUAUUACUUAUCAAGCUUACAGACUUCAGUACUGCCUGCCUCCACCCAUCAUUCCUAAUGCAGAGAUCCUGAUGGCAAGCAAAGAAUUCAAAAUUGGUGAUAUAGUUCGCUACAGAUGUCUUCCAGGGUACCAGUUAAGUGGAAAUAGCAUCCUGACAUGUCGACUGGGAACACACUUAGAGUUUCAAGGUCCUCCACCAUCAUGUGAUGUGACGUGUCCAAUGAAUGAGGUGCUAACAGCUUCCACGGGUGUCAUUAUGAGCCAGUCCCCCGGCACCGGCUUUCCUCAUUUCGAGUCUUGCUCCUGGGUGGUUAAAGUAGAGUCUGGCUACAACAUAACCUUCACAAUUGAACACUUUCAGACCAGCCGUCAGUUUGAUGAGCUUGAAAUCUUUGAUGGCCCAUCCAGACAGAGCCCGCUCCUUAUUACCCUCAGUGGUAAUUAUUCCAGUCCGCUGAGCAUCACGAGCUCCAAUAACAAAGUCUACCUGCACUGGUCUUUUGAUCACACCACCAGCCACAAAGGCUUUCGCAUCCGAUACUCAGCACCCUACUGCAGCCCUCCAAAUAACCCAGUAAAUGGCACAGUGCACAGUCUUACUGGGUCCAAAUUAGGCAGUACUUUGCGCUUCAGCUGUGACCAGGGCUUCCGACUUAUUGGCCAGACUAGUGCCACAUGCACCCGCACUGCACAAGGGAUCCAUCAGUGGAAUGCCCCAGUACCACUUUGCCAAGUCAUGUCCUGUGGAAUGCCUGUUGCCCCUGUUAACGGCAGCAUUGUUGGCCAAGACUUCUCCCUUGGGUCCAGGGUCACCUACCAAUGUAAUCCAGGGUUUCGGCUUGCCGGUCCUCUUACCACCUCAGUGGUUUGCCAAGAAUCUGGGAGGUGGAGCUCCAUUGAGGCCCCUCCAAGAUGUGUUCCGGCCACCUGCUCUGACAUCAGCCACUCUGCUGUUGAACAUGGAAGAUGGAGACUAAUCUAUGGCACUCAAAACCAAUAUGAUGCUAUAAUGAUGCUCAUAUGUGACCCAGGAUAUUACUACAGGGGUCAAAGGAUCAUUCGCUGCCAAGCAAAUGGCACCUGGAACUACCCUGAUCCUCGCCCAGUCUGUGACAUUAUUUCCUGCGGAGACCUUGGCACACCACCAAAUGGUCACAAGAUUGGAACUUUGACUGUUUAUGGAGCCACAGCAAUUUUCUCCUGUAACACAGGAUAUACCCUGGUGGGAUCUCGGGUACGGGAGUGUAUGUCCAAUGGGCUUUGGAGUGGAACACAAGUCCAGUGUCUAGCUGGCCAUUGUGGCACUCCAGAGCCAAUAGUUAAUGGCCAAAUAAUUGGGGAGAAUUACAACUUUCGAGGCAGCGUUGUUUACCAAUGUAACCCAGGGUUUCGUCUUAUUGGUGUGUCAGUGCGAAUCUGCGAACAGGAUCACCGUUGGUCAGGAAACACCCCUGUUUGUGUUCCAAUCACAUGCGGCCACCCUGGAAACCCUACGUUUGGCAUGACCCAGGGAACCCAGUUCAACUUAAAUGAUGUUGUGCAUUUUGUAUGCAAUACUGGAUAUGUUCUGCACGGAGCUGUUAAAUCUACCUGUCAGGCCAAUGGACAAUGGAACAACGCCCUACCUAAGUGUAAAAUUGUAAAUUGCACAGAGCCAGGCCAUGUGGAGAACAGCAUUAGACAGGUAUUGUCCAGUGGGCCACAUCGGUACAGCUUCCAGACAACGGUGACCUACCGCUGCAACCCUGGCUAUUAUCUGCUGGGAACCAGCUCCAUCUCCUGCCAAGGAGAUGGCACUUGGGACCGCUCCUUACCCAAAUGCCUGUUGGUGCUUUGUGACCGCCCCAGCAUGCCUCCAUACGCUCAGAUCUCUGGUGACCGUCGAACAGUGGGCUCAGUCAUUCGCUACAGCUGCAUGGGCCAACGUAACAUCAUUGGAAACACUACCAGAAUGUGCCAGCUGGACGGGCAGUGGAGCGGCUCACCACCACAUUGCUCUGGGGAAUCAAAUGGUCUAUGUGGGGAUCCAGGCAUACCUGUUCAUGGCAUUCGUCUUGGAGAUGAGUUUACUGUGGGCAGUGUUGUGCGUUUCAGCUGUGAACCUGGUUAUGUUCUAAAGGGUUCACCAGAGAGAACAUGUCUAGCCAAUGGCACAUGGCUAGGAACACAACCAGAGUGCCAUGUGAUUUCUUGUGGAAAUCCGGGAACUCCACGAAAUGCCCAGAUCCUUGUUCAUGAUGGACUGACUUUUUCCAGAUCCAUCACUUACAGUUGCAGGGAAGGUUACUACUCUACUGGACUGCUUACUCGACACUGUACUGUAAAUGGGACCUGGACAGGCAACAUGCCAGAGUGCUCAGUAAUCAAUUGUGGUGAUCCCGGAGUACCAGCCAAUGGAGUAAGAUUUGGGAAUGAUUUCACCUACAACCGAACCGUCACCUUCCAGUGUUCUCCUGGAUAUACCAUGGAUGCUGACAGAGCCUCUUCUCUCAUCUGCACCAAGGAUCGAACCUGGAAUUGCACCAAACCGCUCUGUAAAGCAAUUGUUUGUGAUCCACCACCCCUUAUCCCAAAUGGGCAGGUUGUUGGUACAGACUUAACCUGGGGCUCAAGCAUAAGUUACUCCUGCAACCAAGGCUACCAGCUGUCCCUGCCCACUGUGUUAACAUGCCAGGGCAACGGCAACUGGAGCGGAGAGAAACCACAGUGCUUUCCUGUAUUCUGUGGAGACCCAGGAAUGCCAGAUCAAGGCAGAAGGGAGGACCGUGGUUUUACCUAUCUUUCAUCUGUCUCUUUCUCCUGCAACCCUCCCCUCAUCUUGGUUGGCUCAGCCAGGAGGUACUGCCAGUAUGACGGCACUUGGAGUGGAACACAGCCCUCCUGUAUAGAUCCAAGUCACACUACCUGUGGAGACCCAGGCAUUCCACUCUUUGGAAAUCAGAACAACAGCCAAGGCUACCAGAUUGGCAGCACUGUGUUCUUUAACUGCAGAAAAGGAUACUUAUUGCAGGGCUCCAUUUCACGCACAUGUCUGCCUAACCUAACCUGGAGUGGAUUUCAACCUGAGUGCAUUGCCCACCACUGCAGCCAGCCAGAGCUACCUGCUCAGGCUGAUGUUAGAGCCAUUGAACUGCCAUCCCUUGGUUACACACUGAUCUAUACUUGUCAGGCUGGCUUCUAUUUGGCUGGGGGAUCAGAACACAGAACCUGCAGAUCCGAUGGUAGCUGGUCAGGGAAACCACCACUGUGUGCAGCUGAUAAUCGGCCAAGUGGGAGAAUCCCUGUGGGCACUGUACAAGAGCCUCCAUCUAAACUGCCAGUUCCCGGUGGUGUGUUUGCUAAAAACUCCCUCUGGAGGGGUUCCUAUGAGUACCUGGGAAAAAAGCAGCCAGCCAUGCUUAGCAUCACUGCCUUUGAACCUUUUAGCAACCGAGUUAACGGGACGCUGAUCGACCACAGUGGGGUGGAGCUUAAAUUAGCAGGAACAUAUAAGAGGGAGGAAGCCCAGCUGCUACUGCAAGUCCACCAGAUCAGAGGUCCUGUAGAGAUCUUUGUGAACAAGUUCAAAAUAGACAACUGGGCCCUGGAUGGACAUGUGUCCUAUAUCUCCUCAUCCAACUCUUUUGUGUACCAGGGAUUUGUCAGAGGAAAAGGCUUUGGCCAAUUUGGUCUCCAGAGAUUGGAGAGUUUGGAUCCCAGUAGAGACAACCCAGGCUACAACUUUGCCUCCAACAGCAGUUCAGUGGCAGCUGCCAUUCUAGUGCCUUUUAUAGCCAUGAUCAUUGCAGGCUUUGCUCUCUAUCUCUAUAAACACAGAAGAAGACCCAAAGUUCCCUUCAAUGGUUAUGUGGGCCAUGAGAACACAAAUGGUCGGGCUACCUUCGAGAACCCAAUGUAUGACCGCAACAUCCAACCCACUGACAUCAUGGCUAAUGAGACAGAGUUCACAGUCAGCACAGUGUGCACAGCUGUAUAGCAAUGUUGCAACCUUCAGUCAGUUAAGGAAGGAAAGAUGCACCAUAACCUCCGCUGCCUGCUGGCAGAAAACAACUAUAGUUCGUUGUGCAGAUGGAAAGAAAAAUAUUAUUUUAUUUGCUUAAAUACCUUCAAGAAACAUCUCCAGACGCAGAGCCUCGUACCAGCAGGAAACAAGAAAAUAAACUAUGUGAGAGCAACAACUUUAUCAAAGGUCAACAAGAAACAACUCUUUGUAACUUACAUGGUUCCUUGAUCAUGUUCUAUAUUCUGAGGAAAAGCUUCCAUCUGAACCUGCCACCGGCAUGAGUACUGCUGGAGGCAAAGCUGUGAUGACUUUUCUCAUCGCCCUUCGCCUAAACCCAAAGGGACGUUUGUGUAAGUCAUUAAAUGUACCUGUAGCUAACAAAGAACUCUGUGCACUGUAUGGUGGGCAGCCACACGUCUGUGUGUGUGAGGCAAAGAGAAACUGUCUGGACUGUUGAGAUUCAUCUUUCUUUCGGUUUUCUAUUUGUUUUUUGUUUGUUUUACUGUUUUAAUCUGUCUUUCUUGUGUUUUAUGCUGACAGCUUUCUGUGAUGAGUAAUUGGGAACAUUAUUUUCUCUCGGAUCUCUGCUAUUGAGGCUGUCAAAAGCUUUCAUCGAAGGCCGAAAGUUUAAAGAUUUAGUUUUCAAGGCCAUCUAGGAAACACACUGUUAUCGUUACUUUGUGAGCUCUUCCUCCUAUUUUUCUUUUCGGGUGGCUAAAGAAGAGGUUAUAAGGUCGCUAGAGGUAGAGUUGUUUGAAGAAAGUAGAGAAAGAACUUAUGUGACUAUAAUAGAAAGAUAGAGUGUCUGUGUACGGAUCUGUGGUUUCAACCAAAAACAUUAUGAUUCUUGUUGUUUUGAAUAUAGCAUUUAAUUUUAUUUUAGGAAGGUUAGAUCAGGAAGCAACAUAACUUAAAUAUAACCCAUCAAUAAAGGUCUGCCCAGUGGAAGAAAAAGAUUUUAAUCUAGGUCCAAUCAGCAGCAAUGGUUACUUCUCUUCUAUUUUCACUUUGUUGUUGUUCAAAUGCAUUCAUAUUUUGUGUUCAAAGACUAAUUAGGUGUCAAACAAGCGGAAAUGAUCUUGAGAAGUCAAAGAUGAUCUUUCUCUCAAAUGGGGACAGAAUCUGUGAUGCAUAUCCAUGGACAUAAUUCAUUCAUUUUUCAUUCAUAUCCACAUCUCAGGGCAAAGCUGUAGCACCAACUCAUGUAUCAUUCUACUAAAAGGAAUAGUAUAUACAGGAAAUAAAAUUUUGCUUUCACCUUCCUUUUUAGUCCAAGAUCAACCUUUAGAUUUUUUUUUUCCCUGAUUGAAAGUGGCACUAUUUUAUUCUAUGAAUAAAAGGAUACUUUGGGUAUUUUAGGUGAAGUUCUGGAAAGGUUCUAUCAGUAAGUUCCUGAUAGUAAAAGUAAUAGUAUUAGUAAUAAUAGUAUUACUUCCUGAUAGUAACUUAGUAGUUCCUUUAUCGGUAGUCGAAAGAUGUCAUUUUUCUGUAGAUUUUUAGAAAAGUGAGAAAAUUAUAAGUGCAGUGGAAGGCUGAAAGCUAGUUAGAAACCCCAACAUAGCAGACUUUUUCUAUCCACUGGAUAUGAUGCUAUACUAGCAGAUAUUAAGCAGAAAUUAAACAUCUUCACUUUCUUGAUGAUGUCUUGUAAAAGUUUAGACGGGUUAUAUGCACUGAUACGAUAUUUCAUCCAACAAAUGUAUUAAAUUGCUUAAAUCAACUAAAAUAGGGAUUCCAUCUUACCAGCUGCAUUUCUUCACAUUUAUACAAUCUUAAUACCAUAUUUCAUUUUCUAGUAGACGUAAAAGAAUUAUUAGUGAAAAUAAAACUUUACAGAACCUUCACUAACCCUUUAAGGUGCAAUAGUAUCUCCUUAAACCUGGCCUUAGGAAUAGAAAUAUCAAAAUGCAAAACAAAUCUUGUUUCUUCAAAAUGUUCAAAUGAAGGCAUCAGAGUUUCAAAAGUGGAUGAGUCAUUGUUGCAUUCCCUGAGGAUCACGUUAGGGUCUUUUCUCUCCAAGUUAACUUCUGACAGCCCCAUCCUUUUAAAAAGGCAGAGUGUUUCUUUUGUUUUAUUUUCCGCUCAUCAUAAAAACGUUGAAGACUGCUUGCCUGAGGCUGUGACAGCGGGGGAGUCGCUGGCAUGCUGAUUACUGCCGUGCAUUAAAUUGGAAAUGAUAAAUAUGAUAUAGGAAAAAAUAUUUAUGCCUUUAAUGCUGACACCCCUUAUCUAGCACUGCUGGGGAGGAAAAUACAGAGAAAUAUUGUUUGUAGAGUGCAACACACAGGAGAAAUGCCAUCAAAUUUAUCUGUGGAAAUGUGCUUUGCGUGUUGUGUUCUGAUGGGAGGACUUUUAUGACCCAUUUUGUAGACCCGUUUGUCAUGACGAUGCCCAAUUAGGUGUAUUGUGCUUGAAUUUCCCUGAAAAAACGUGAGCCUUUACUUGUAGCUUCCUCUUAAUUUAGGUGUCAAACUCAGAAACCAUUAAACUGGUAAUAUUGUAGGGUAUUUAUUUAUUUACAAAAUUGAGUAUCAGACUACAUAAAAACAUAUUGAAACAUCCAUACUAUUUCUUUUUUUUUCGGUGCAUUGUUAAAAAUCUGGAAAAUUAAACCCAGAGUGCAUAUUAUUUCCUAGAAAUCAAGUCCCUUGAAACCAAUCAAUGCAUUCUUCCCUCAAUCAUUUUCACUGUGGUUCAGUAAUUGCUUUGACAAUUUUAUUACUUUUAAGGCUCUCGUUUAUCUUGACCGUUCCAGUAGAAUAUUUGGCCAUUUUUCUUCUCUGGAGUUUGAGCGAUAGAAAAGGAAAUGAUUAAAUUACCCUGAAGAUUUCACGGAGAGACGAGCAGUUACACUCAUAUAAUCCCGAAGACUCCCGUGUUGAAUUCUUAUAGUUUUGUGCAGCAGUUGCAUGGUGCAUUACAUUUAUUUUUGCUCUAAAGCUGCGCUCAAACAUCUCAGCAGAAAUGAUGGCUUUAUUUAUCUGUUCAGGCCACUUUGGUGGAGCCUUUCCUCUCAAUUUACUCUACAAUGGCAGCUUUUCACACACUUCUUUAAAAUGGGUUCAGUAAUUUAAGUAGCUCAUGUUAUUGUCACCCCACAUUCCCCUACAAUAAACCAAUUCUAUUUAGCAGAAUGGUGCUGUAUAAUUUAAGAAACAUAACCCUGCAGAGGAUUUCAUGUAAAUGAUUGUACUAAGAAGAGCACAUUCUAAAGAAAUUCUGAAAUGACCAUUCAAAUGGCCAGAUUUUUAGUUUUCAUGGUUUUACCUACUCCAGUUUUCAAUAAGCACUUUAUGUUUAUUUUAGUGCCUUGUCAUAAUUCUUAAAAUCACCAUUCAUCUUUAGCAGCUCUUUUUGUUUAAUAAGUCCCAACUAUCUUUACUAAAGUUUAGGGGUCAACAUAUCUUUUCAGAUAUUGCAAAAUGGAGCCCUUCAGUUAGUCCCUGAUUAUGUCUCUGGCUGAGUGCCCACCUAAUACAGAGAUACUCCUGAAGUACUGAAGAGACUGUGAGCCGAAGGAAAAAUAGCUUCUUAAAAUGUCAUAGUAGAGAUCCAUUUAUUAUCUCUGUAUUUUGUGUCCUAGAAUGAAUAUCCAGAAAUCUGUCUACUUGUUUUUCACUGAUGUCUGACUGAUAAAGGCCCCUUUAUCAGUCCAAGAAAAAAAUCCACAAUUCAUCCAAAAAAAGUUAUUUAGUUUUUUAGUGGAAACAAAACUUUAAAAAAUAUAUGCAGUUAAUUGUGUACAAAUCUUACUUUUCACUUUAUAAGAUUUAAAUCUAUGGAGCUGUUUUCCUUUUUACCAUCUUGCUUGGCCCAAAAGCAUCUCACUGCACUACAGUUAUAUGAAAGUGAAGAUCAGUGAGUGUUUGAUUGAGCUGUCCUGCAACAGUUAGAGCUGAACCUUCCUUGAAAGCAGCUGGUGAAUUUGUGCUUCUUUUUUGCAUAUUUUAAACCACUAACUCUGUUCAUUCUGGCUCACUUUCGUUAUCAGCCCCACACAGCUCUGAGUCCCCCUCCUGCUCACCAUCUCUUCUAUAAUGUAACACACCACAGCUAUGGUCUUUGCAUUCCCUCUCAGUCAGAGACCAGACCAAAAGUCUCCCACUUCUCUCUCUGCAGCUAGAGCUCUGACUUUUCAACACAGGCCACACUCUACAUGUAGUGAUAAACCAAGCAAUCCAUCAGUUAUGCUAUGUGGCACUUUCUGCAGCAGCUAUCAUUUAUAAUCUCCCAUCUUUCACUGUCACCACAUAUUAAUGGCUACAAAAAGAAAAAAAAACACCUAAAGCUCUGCAGCUUGCCUUUACCCUUCAGCCAAUGUCAUUGUGUCAGGGGAAAUGGAGUAAAGACGAAAAUUCAAUCUGGGAGACUCACCCCUCCUACAGCUUCACCCAAUGGCUUCUCCGUGCGUCUCCAUGCCAACCAAUCAACUUCAAGUCUGCAAUAAUCCUGAGCCAAUGAUCCUUCAAGGCUCCACAUUUAAAGUCUCCCAUUCAUGGAUCUCUGCUGUCAGUCGAGCUUCGACCCUCCUCCACCCCAUUGCCUCCAUCGGAUUCUCAGUUCCAUUAUCAUCAGGUCUCCUCUCCAUCACCAGUACCAGAUCCGGGGGAAGACAAUUCUAAUCCUAAGACGUUGAUCAGUUCAUGCAUCAUCAGGAUUCAUGUCUUCCUCUGAGGUCUGAGCGUCAAACAAAUAAACAUCCAUUGUGUAACUUCUCUAAUCGCAAUUUGUGUUUCUUAUUGUGAGUCUCUACAGGAUUGAAAUGAAGGUGCACCUCAAUAAAUCACAACAUCAUUGAAAAUUGUUAUUUAUUUCCUUAAAUCAAUUCAAAAACAACAAUUCAUAUAUAGUGUUAUUAUACUCAGUUUUAUAUUUCAAGCAUUUAUUUUUGUUAAUUGUGAUUCUUAUGGCCUAAAUAAUGACUCAAAACCCAAAAUGUAGUAUCUGAGAAAAUUAAAAUAUUACAGACUUAUAAAACAGAAUUUUAACACAGACAUGUUGGCCUAUUGAAACAUAUGUUGAUGUACUGUACAUUGAAUUUAUUUAAUAUUUGGUCUGGGCUCCUAUGCAUGAAUUAUUGGAACGAAUGCUAAGGAGGUGAUCAGCCUGUGGCACUCUUGAGGUGUUAAAGAAGCCCAGGUGUGUUUAAUACCGACCCUCAGCUUGUCCGUAUUGUUAUCCCUUGGGUCUAAUUUUUCUUGACAAUGCCUCAUCCAUGUGGUGGAUAGAUCUGUGUGUAGUGACUGUCGAAGCACCUACUCCAGUUGUAGUCCAAGGCUUGUGAAUCUCCCCUCUCCCUUGAAUGGACUUUGCCACUUGAGGCUGCAGUUGACCCUACUACGUGUGCACACAUUUCUGCCAGACGUUUUCCUUCCACUUAACUUUCUAUUAAAAUGCUUGGAUAUAGAACUCUGACCUUUUUUGUCUGUAUGUCUUAAUCAUCACAAUUUACUAAAAUUAAUGCUUGAAAUAAAUAACUCUAUUUGUAAUUAAUUUGAAUAUAAGGUUCAUUUUCUGAAUUGAAUUAAUGCAAUAAUUAAUAUUCUAAUUCCUUAGGAUGUACUUGUAAGGAUUCUUAGAGCAUGGGUUACAGAUAAAGAACAAAUCUUGAGUUGAAUUUAGAAAAAAUGGAGUUGCAGUUUCUUCAUUCACAAAUGAAUGUAUUUUAUUUUUUUAGGUCAUCAGAUUUAUGUGGUCUACACUGUGUUCAAUGUUUGGAAUCAACUUUUUUGCCAGAAUGAUUUAUUCUUGGAAAAAAAGUUUUGGAAAGGAAUUGUUAAGCAAAAUACUUAAAAAAAAACAUAUUUUUUGUGACCACAAACCUUGUUCAUUGUUAUUUAAAGAGGUAUGAUAUCCCAUCUUUACUGUCUUUUUCUACUGUAUUUUAUUUUGCUUUUGUUUUCAAGGUACUCUCAUGCAGAUUGUUUAUUAAACUAAACUUGUAAACUCAAAGCGCCUAAGAGGGAUCAAGGUGGUUCUUGAAUGCCUCAACAGAACAACAAAGUAGUGAAGGGCAAAGAAAUCUAUCUUGCUGCACACCAAAAGGGAAACUUGUAAAGAACCCAACAAACAUGAACUCAAGGAGACUGUAUCAACGGAGCAUCUGCAGAGGGAAAGCAUCUCUAAGAAAAAAUAUGUUAACAAAUAAAAAAAUAUAACUUUUUGUACAGAGAUAUAUUUUUAUGGAAAUACAUUUGUAAUAUAAAAAGAGAAAAUGGAUUUACAUAUAUGUAAAUGAUUUUCUUUUUCAUUAUUGUAGUACAAAUGCUAGUGGGGAAUAUAUAAAAAAAAUCUCUAUAUAAAUAUAUAUAUAUAUAUAUAUAUAUAUAAUAUAAAUAUAUACAAAGAAAAAUAGAAACAAGGCUUUUGUAUUUGUAAAAAAGAUUGUAUAUAAAAGUUUACAUACAUACAUACUGUACAUAUGUAAGACCCACCAUGGCUUGUCUGCAACAUAUAAAAUGUAUUUUAUCCGUCUGUAUAUGAUGCUUUGCAUUGUGUCUAAGCUUAUUCUACUUUCUUGAACUUGAAGCUUAUUUUGAAAGUUUUUGGAAUAAAAUAUAAAACCGACCCUCCA